GUCUCGAUGUACUCGGACUUGUUGUACAGCAUCUCGCUCAGCUCCAUGGCUCCGCCACUUCCGCACAGCCACGCCUGGCUUCCGACACGUCACUUCCUCCCGCCAGACAGUGCUUCCGCCGCGGCCUCCGGCGGCUCGGUUGCCAUGGACACGCGCUUCCCGCGGGAGGCGGCCAUGGAGGGGCCGGCGGCCGUGGCGGGGGAGGCGGCGGCCGGCGGGGCGCUCAGCGGUGUGGAGAAGGAGAAGCUGCGGGAGAAGCUGGCGCUGCUGCGGCGGGAGUACAGCGAGACCGUGAGCCGGCUGCGGCGGGCGCGGCGAGCGGAGCGGUCCCGGAACCACGGCCGGGGCGCGGCGGCGGGAGGCGGUCGGCGGGAGCGGAGCCCCGCAGGUUCUAGUGAUAGCGUAUCUCCUAGUGCUGACAAACAUGGAACCUCUCAGUUACAGACCAAAACCUGCUCUGGUCCUGACACAGAGACGAAAACCUCUGCCACAUUUAAACAGGUUCCUGGAUUCUUCACUAAAGAGCUCAGUCCGCAGGACGGUUCGCAGGCAGGAAGCGCACGGGGCAGCCAGGAACACCUGUGCUGUGGGACUGCUGGGCUUGCCCCUGAGGAGAAAAAACCCCAGGCCUCCAGAAGCCUGAUGAAGCUGAGGAGGCGGACGAAGGUUCUGGCAUCAGAUAAAAAGGAAUCGGUGCGUGAUGUGCAUCUGAACAACACCAGUGAGAUGGUGACAAACCAAAUUGCCGGUACUGAGGAGCUUCGGUCACCAGUCUUUAGGCGAAGCAGUCUGUCAAACACUGAGGAAGGUGCUCAAAGAGCAUCCAGACCAGCACUUGUGCAGAGAGCAGAAAACGGUUUUGCUCCUUCCGAUGCAACAGUAGGAGCUGUGCAAGACACUCGUGAGGACUUUGGCCCUCCAGGAGCACCCAAGCUGUCCCCAUGUGCGCCAGGCGACAGCAGCGAUGUCCAGCAGCCUGAGUGCCUGGGGGCUGUGGCCUUGUGUGGUAACCAGGAGCCUGCAUGGCCAUGUUCGGAGAACAGCGACUCCGUUUUACUGGAUACCAGUGACGAUGGGGGAAAAGACUCCUCCAGUGUAAUACAACAAACGCCCAGUGAGAGUAUGUGUGGAGAUCAGGAAGAAUUACGUAGGCUCUUGGAUUUCAUGUCAGAAAAUGAAGUAUUGCCUGCUGACAGAAAUAACAGUAUAACUACCAACAGCAAAAGCCAUGAAGGAAAUCAAAGUGACACUAAGAACUUAAAUCCCUUUCCUACAGUUCUGGGCAAUAUUGAACAACUGUCGGAAAAUCAGCUUGAAAUUCAGUCAAAAGUUUCUCAUCCAGAGGAGGUGGCAGCUCCUGAAAGCACGCUGAACUCUUGCACGGUGGUUGAAGGGCUUCUCUUUCCCGUUGAGUACUAUGUCAGGACAACUCGACGCAUGGCUAACUGCCAGAGGAAAGUGGACCUCGAUGCUGUAAUUCUCAGCCAGCUGGGCAAAAGCAAGAAAAGUCAGCGAAGUAAGUGCAAGCAAAAAGAUGCAAAUUCAGAUCAGCUCUCCCAAGAAAGAGCUGGAAAUGAUCUGGAGUCAGAGAUCGUGCCAUUCCCUUUUCUCAGUGCAGAAAGUGAUCUAGCAAAUUCGAGCAGUCCUCAGAAAUCUCUUCCUGUGUCCAGUGGCAGCAGCACUUCACGGGGAUCGAUUUCUCAAAACAGUGUCACUGGCACAAAUCGAGGUGAGAGACGAUUGCAGAGAAAACAAAAGGGAAGAAGGAAGUCAACCUGCAAACCGCCUGUGCAUCAAGUGUCGCAGGAACUGAAGGAGAGUUUGGAUCUCACAGCACCGAGGGAAGGCAGCCUGCUGUCCAGUGAGCGCCAGAGCGAACAGGAAAACCAUGAAAAACCAUCUUCAGCUGAGAGAGGGUUGUUUGCUGCUGCAGCUCCUGGAUCUGGAGAGACAGAAGUGGCGGUUGCUGACCCUGCUGCAGGAAGCCAAGUGCUUGACAAAUGCUGGAAUCCUCCAUUAGAACAGGUUCAAAAUCCACUUCAGAACAGUGAUUCUCAGAACCCAGGGAAUGAAACUUUUGCCAGCCAUACAGGAGAGCCAGCAACCAACGUGGGUGUGUGUCGGGCUGAUAAAUGUCCAGUGGAGCACGUCAAGAAUCAGGAUGUGCAAGGAGCCUGUGGGGCUGAGCGGCUGCUAGAGAUUAACGUCCCUCUGCGGCGCUCCCUGCGUUCCUCUGCAAGACAGGGAGCCAGUCGAGUCCCAAAAGGUGAAAGCAAAGGACGGAGCUGUUCAGUGGGCUCAGAGGGUCCUGCUGCUCUCGGACUCCCUGCUGUGGCCCCGAGUACUUGUGGCUCUCUCUUCUCUUUCCGCAGUCUGCAGUGGCUGCUCCCCAGGCUGGGGAUCAGCGACUUUCACUUACCGGAUGAGGAAUUUGGACUACUAAAACUUGAGAAAUUAGAAUCUUCCCCUGUAAAUGACUUGGAGAAUUUUGUUCCUAGUGUGUCUGGAGAUGGUGCAGCUUCAGUACACACACAAGACGCACAAAUGAAUCCAGAAGAAAAAAGUCUCAGAAGUGAUUCGAUUUUGCCUUUUAAAAAUGGAUUGCCUCGGUUACCUCAUUUGGAACGCCCAGCUUCCAAGAAGGAACUUUCCACCCACGAAUUGCUGUUUACUCCCAUGGGGACUGUCUUAGCUGCUGCUUCCACCCAGCCUGACUCUCAGAUCUCCUCUGCUUUCCCAGUGGUGGGUGCAACCCCAGCCGUGGUACCGUCAGGACGCAGUGAGAUCUUUCCCCUUUCGCCUUCUGUGCCCUCCUCGCAGGCGAGCCCGCGUUCCUCGCAGCGCCUGGGUGAUGGGGAAGGCAAAGGCUCUGCCGUUCCCCUGUGCUCACAGGGCGCUGGUGCAGGAUCUGCUAGAAAAGAGGAGGAACAAGCUACAACGUUUCCUUUAGAAGCUGAAAGAGGUCCCGAUAAUAAAUCUGAUGAGGCUGUGGCCAUGGAGAAGCAUCAGCAGCCAGAGAGCAAAUGGCAGAGACCCUGCAGAGCUUCCCCUGAACAGAAAAAAGGUGUAGCAGAAGAGUUGACUCCAGUACUGCUUGAUGGCGUGAGAGAAGAGAGCUUGCAGCUUGUAUCAAAGCUAAAGGACUCGUGCAGCUGCUGCGCCGUGGACGUGGGCGCCGUGUGGUGGGAGGCGGCGGGCGGCAGGGAGCUGUGCGUGGUGACCGCGGGAGAGAGCGCCGUGUCCCUCUGGAGACCUCUGGCACCCGACCGCUGGGGAAAGGUCCAUACCUGGCAGCUUGGAGAGAUUCCUGUGAUACAGAUUGUUCCUCUGCCGGACACCUGUAAUCUCGUGUGUAUAGCAUUGGGAGAUUUGGAGAUUGGAGAAAUAAGGCUCUUGCAAAUAUCUUCUGAGAAUGACUCAUUGAAGCAAUCACUAGUAAAAACUGGAAAUAUAAAAGCUGUUCUUGGGCUAAAGGACAGGAGGCUGGUCAGCAGCAGCAGGACCGUGCACGAGCAGCAAGUGGAAAUCACAUCACUUUCAGAAACGGGAAGGAGCAAGGGCGGAUGGACUUUGAUGCCCCCCGAAGAAACCGUUCUAGCUUUUGCUGAAGUAGAAGGAAUGGGCGACGCCUUGGUUGGCACCACCACAGUGAACAGCAUCGUCGUUUGGAAUUUGAAGACGGGCCAGCUCCUGAAGAAGAUGCACGUUGGUUAUUCCUACCCAGCUUCCAUCUGCCAUCGAGCAUAUUCUGACUCUGGCCUUCUGUUUGUUGUUUUAAGUCAUCCACACGCCAAAGAGAGCGAGUCCUGUGGAAACCCUGCAUUCCGUGUGGUCGCAUUCAACCCAAGAACAGCCCGGAGCACGGGGGUGAUGUUCUCGUCCCUCCCGCCCGGGCUUGCUGGAAGGUAUCUGGAGGGUGAUGUGAAGGACGCUUCUGCUGCUGCCGUGCUGACGUCGGGCGCCAUCGCGGUAUGGGACCUGCUGCUGGGACACUGCACGGCGCUGCUGCCCCCAGAUCCCACAGGGAGCUGGGCACUGGCCCGCUGGGCCACCAGCAGCACCUGCCUGCUGGCCGGGCAGCGGGAUGGCACCGUCUGCCUCUACCGGUACCGGCAGCCUCAGCCAGGAGCAGCCUGACGGGGCUGGGGGGGGGCUCCGUCACUGGCAGCUCCGGUGGAGCCUGCGGCUUCAGCUCAGGUGCGUCAUGGCCACCAGUAACGGGCUCUGUGGGGCUGCGCGUGCGCUCGGGUGGGCACCGUCUGUGUGGGUGCUGCUGCAUGCCCUGCCGUGUGCAAUAACAUUAAACCGGUUUGCUUUGGAGUGA